UCAAAAUGGCCUUCCUUAACAAUGUUAAUAUGUUAGGUCCUUGUUUUACAUCGCUUAUUUCUCUGUCUAUAGCUUUGGUUGUCUUUAUUUUCGGCAAACAACCAGAUCCAUACAUGGAUGAAGUAUUUCACAUCCCACAGGUACAAAAAUAUUGCGCACAUCGUUUUAACGAGUGGGAUCCAAUGAUCACUACCUUGCCAGGAUUGUAUUUUUGUUCCUGGGCUUUUAUCGAGUUUCUUGCUGUGGUAUUUAAACAAGAGGUAAAGACGAUGUGCAUGCCGUUAUUUCUAAGAAUGGUUAACAUUUUAUUUAACAUUGGAAAUAUUUGGGUGAUCUACCGUAUAAUGAGAAAGUUGGAUGAAAUGAAAAAACUGCAGGUUGAUGACAGGAAAGAGACUCAAAGCUCUGCAGCUAGUGAAAACCAAAGGGAGCUUGAAGGAAAGGAAAAAUUUUACCAGACAGCAACUGCAAUAGUUCUUGGACUUUUCCCUCUGUUGUUUUUCUUUAUGUUUCUCUACUAUACUGACAAUGGCUCCACAUUUUUUGUGUUGCUUAUGUACUACCUUAGUCUCUGUGACUAUCACAUCCCAGCAGCAGUUAUUGGUAUGUACGCAUUCUUUUUUCGACAGACAAACAUUGUUUGGGUUGUGUUUACUGCUGGAGUGACGGCCAUUCGAAUGUAUGAACCUGUAGUUUUCUUCAAGCUUGGACAGCGCUCAAACAAAUUUCCAAAUCUUGUUGUGGAGUUCAUUAAACAACUUGUAUUGAACAUACGAAUAACAGUCCGAGUACUCUGGCCAUAUGCAUUGGUCAUGGUGUUUUUUGCUGCAUUUGUAUUCCUAAAUGGUGGAAUUGCUGUUGGUGACAAGACUCACCAUAAAGUUUGUUUCAAUUUUCCACAGAUAUUUUAUUUUGCCUGUUUUGCUGGAUUUUUCAGUUUCCCACAUCUGACAUCUCCAAAUAUAGUGAUUGGAACCAUAUCAUACUUUCUUAGUUGGAACCAACGUCGCUUUUACUCGGCCGUGAUUAUCAUUCUUUUUGGCAUCUAUUAUCUUGUUCAAAAUUUCACCUAUGUUCAUCCAUAUCUGCUGGCUGAUAAUCGUCAUUACCCCUUCUAUGUGUGGAAAAACAUCUACAAAACUUACCCAGAAGCGAAAGUUGGCCUAAUUCCUGUUUACCUCGUUGUCUUGACAAUGAUGUUUGUGUCCAUAGAUCGAUCAAAAUUGUGGAAGAUAGUUUAUGGCGUAUGCGUUGCUGUGGUGCUUAUUCCUCAAGGAUUGUUAGAGUUCCGAUAUUUUAUUGUACCAUAUCUUAUGUUUCGCAUUCAUCUCAGGAGACCAGAAUUGUGGAAACUUGGUGUGGAGUUUCUAUUUUAUGCCGCAAUCAAUUAUUUGACAGUGUGGGCAUUUUUGAAAAAGCCGUUCAAAUGGCCGAAUUCGAGCGACGUUCAACGAUUUAUGUGGUAGCUGUUUAGAACAUUGUAAUUUUUCAGCUGUACUGUUCUUGAACAUACAUAUUCAUACGUGCCUAAGAUUUGAUUUUUUAUAAAAAACAGAAUGUCCAAGCAUUAAACAGAACUGAAAAAUUUUGGGAAAAUGAGGUACCGAUACUCUUGUGCAAAAAUAGACCUUCUCAAACACUUUAGUUGUCAGCAGUUUGUUUACUUAAAAGGAGAGUAUGCCUAUAGAAGAACGAUUUAGGAGGUCGAGGUAGUGGUUCUGGAACACAUUGUCAUAAACUGAGAUGUAGUACUCAAAAUACUACUAAUCGUGUGAACGUUGUGUAUGGAUAAUAUUCAAUUGUUCUUCUAAAUU